GGCUCCUGUGAGGAGGCGGCGGCCGAGGCACUCCCUCGGCCCGGGAAAGCGGAGCGGCGGGGACACCCGGAAUGGCCCAGGUGGGUGCUGAGCCCACAGACUCCCGCGUCGAAGAAGGUUGAAAGAAGAAAAGGAGACCUGCUUGUCCAAUGAAGAUGCAUUCUACUUAGUCUUCAGCUAUUUAAGCUGAAUGCAUUGUGAUUUCCAAUAAUUGAGACAGUGAUUCUGAAAGCUGUCUACAUUAAUGAAAAGAACAAUGUAGUCAGCUUAACUGAAUCAUCAGUGUUGCAUAUUGAAUAGAACAUGAUAAACCUACCUUGAUGGACUUGUGCAUGUUAGGAAUAUAGAUUAUAUACAUUUAUUUAAAGCCUUGUUUUUUAAAACAGUAGUUUUACAGUUUAAAUAUGGAGAAAACUGAAAAUGCACCUCCCCUCCCCAAAGAACCUGCAAGAGAAAUGAAUGUGGAGAACCAGACUUGUCCCCCACCUCUGCCGCCUAAUGAACAGCCUCCACCACCUCCCCUGCAAACGUCCAGUGACGCAGAGGUAAUGGACGUUGGCUCUGGUGGUGAUGGACAGUCAGAUACCCCAGCUGGGGACGCGCACACUGUCUGCAGAACACAGCUUCUGACAAAUGGAUCUACUUGCUACAAAACUCGUCUUAUAAUAGACCCUAACAAUAGUGACCAAAGCCCAAGAACUGCUCGUCAUGCACCUUCAGUUCGAAAGUUCACCCCUGAUCUUAAGUUACUUAAAGAUGUAAAAAUUAGUGUUAGCUUUACAGAAAGCUGCAAAAGCAAAGACAGAAAAGUUCUGUACACUGGAGCUGAGCAAGAUUAUAAGCCAGAUACAGAUUUUAGUAUUAAUAAUGUCAAUGGGGAUUUGUAUGUUUGUCCUUUUGGUGGUAGUAAUGGUAAAGCUGUAGGUGUAGGGGGUGAAAAUGAUGACAAGAAGGAUGAUGAAAAUGAUAUUGAUCAGGAAAAGAGAGUGGAAUAUGCAGUUCUGGAUGAGUUAGAAGAUUUUACUGACAAUUUGAUGGAAAUUGAUGAAGGAGGAGGGUUCACAUCUAAAGCAAUCGUUCAAAGAGAUAAAGCGGAUGAAGAAACCUUGAAUUACUCUUAUGAGGAUGAUUUUGAUAAUGAUGUGGAUGCUCUGCUGGAAGAGGGCCUUCGAGCUCCCAAAAAGAGGAGAAUAGAUGAGAAAUAUGGAGGUGAGAGUGACCACCCAUCUGAUGGAGAGACAAGCGUGCAGCCAAUGAUGACCAAAAUAAAAACUGUACUUAAAAGUCGUGGCCGUCCUCCUACGGAACCAUUGCCUGAUGGAUGGAUCAUGACAUUCCAUAACUCAGGCAUUCCUGUAUAUCUGCACAGAGAAUCCAGAGUUGUUACCUGGUCCAGACCUUAUUUCUUGGGAACAGGAAGCAUAAGGAAACAUGAUCCUCCCUUGAGUAGCAUUCCCUGUCUGCAUUACAAGAAAAUGAAGGACAAUGAGGAAAGGGAACAAAACAAUGACAUAACCCCAAAUGGGGAAGUAUCGCCUAUAAAGCACAUAGACAAGUCUUCGGAAUUGGACUGCCAAACAGAGGAGCCGGACUCCACUGCUGCUGAUUCUGGGCCUUUAGAUGAGAGAGAGCCUUCAGGGGGUGAUGCAGCACCAGGAGCCUUAGGACAAGUUAAGGCCAAAGUUGAAGUGUGUAAAGAUGAAUCUGUAGACCUUGAGGAUUUUAGACACUACCUUGAAAAACGUUUUGAUUUUGAACAAGUUACCGUAAAAAAAUUCAGAACCUGGGCUGAGAGACGACAGUUCAACCGUGAAAUGAAGCGGAAGCAGGCGGAGUCUGAGCGGCCUAUUCUGCCAGCCAAUCAGAAACUCAUUACCUUGUCUGUGCAAGAUGCACCUACAAAGAAAGAGUUUGUUAUUAAUCCCAAUGGGAAGUCUGAAGUUUGCAUACUGCAUGAAUAUAUGCAGCGAGUCCUAAAGGUCCGCCCUGUUUACAAUUUCUUUGAAUGUGAGAACCCAAGUGAGCCUUUUGGAGCCUCAGUGAUUAUUGAUGGAGUGACUUAUGGGGCAGGAACUGCAAGCAGCAAAAAACUCGCCAAGAAUAAAGCUGCGCGAGCUACACUGGAAAUCCUCAUUCCUGACUUUGUUAAACAGACCUCUGAGGAAAAGCCCAAAGACAGUGAAGAACUUGAGUAUUUUAACCAUAUCAGUAUUGAGGACUCACGGGUAUAUGAACUGACCAGUAAAGCUGGACUGUUGUCUCCAUAUCAGAUUCUCCAUGAGUGCCUUAAAAGAAACCAUGGAAUGGGUGACACAUCUAUCAAGUUUGAAGUGAUUCCUGGUAAAAAUCAGAAGAGUGAAUAUGUCAUGACUUGUGGCAAGCACACAGUGCGAGGCUGGUGUAAGAACAAGAGAGUUGGGAAACAACUAGCUUCUCAGAAAAUCCUACAGCUCCUGCACCCGCAUGUGAAAAACUGGGGCUCUUUAUUGCGUAUGUAUGGUAGAGAGAAUAGCAAGAUGGUCAAACAGGAAACCUCUGAUAAAAGUGUGAUAGAACUUCAGCAGUAUGCCAAAAAGAACAAGCCAAAUCUACACAUCCUGAACAAGUUACAGGAAGAAAUGAAAAAGUUGGCACAAGAAAGGGAGGAAACUCGAAAGAAACCCAAGAUGACAAUAGUAGAAUCAGCUCAGCCUGGUAGUGAACCUCUGUGUACUGUUGAUGUGUGACCAGAAAACUUACAAGUGGGGAGCAAUAAAAAAUGGAGAAACUACUUUCAACAAUUAUUUAAGAAUCUGUUUGCUGCAGAAUGCGAGAUAACUUUACA